AUGACUAGAACAGAACAGACGAGACCCGAUCCUGACUAUACCGGUCCCAAAUGGCGGCAACGUGAAUACCCUGAUCAUCAAGGUGACACCGUCAUUCUUGGAAAGAUUGCUUCCAGUGAUCGUGAAUAUCAUCAACCAGAAGGACGAGAUGCAUUUCGACUUCAGAUUUACAGCAAACCCCCCAUAAAACCAAAGGAUUUUCAAAAUUUGCACGACUACUUUUUCCAAGAACUGGUACAUGGAUGUUUCAUGGAAAUCUACUCCUACAGCCCACCCGACGCCCUCGCCUGCGUUGAACACCAACGGCGGGAGAUUGCCUACCGCAAGUGUCUCCAUGCUCAAACAGAAAAUUCUCCCGAAGUGUUGCCGCUAUUGAUUCCAACCCUUCGAGCAAGCACUCAAAAUGAUUUUGGGUCCGGCUUCUGUAUUCUCCUUACAUCGGAAAGCUAUCAAGCUGGCUUUGAUGCAGAGGAGCGGAAUGAUCUUGGAACCGGGCCCCUGUGGAUCAUUUUUAAUCGGAAAUUUCCUAGUGAAAUCCCGAAGUUGAGUAUGAUCACCCGGCUGGGUUCGUCGUUACUGAACUACAACCGUUUUCGAAAGGGUCAGAUUGAAGUGUCCCCUGAAACGAAUGAAACGAGUGCCAAACUCAUCAAUGACCAAGAAUACAUGGAUGACACUGUAUCUGAUCUUCUGAAUGGGGUUUUCAUGAAUUUUGUCAACCUCGGCGACAUGGGUUUGCGGCCGGCAAUCAUCUCUCAGCUUGGCUUCAACAAGUCGAUUCGCCUCCAGUUCAAAACUCCUAGCUCAUCAUCAUUGUCCUGCCUGCUCUCUCGGCGCAACGAGUUUCCCGUCGGUGCUUUACACAAUUUCGACGCUGAUACUCGCCAAGAACGAACAUUGCCUUUCGGCAUUGGCGACCAUGCAUACGAGCCCAUUGCACACAAAUUCUUCGCAGUGGUUCUUGAUAGACCAUCAUUUAUCACACAGCCAGACGUUUCGUUUUUCACCGUCUUGAAUGAGUUGCAAGAAGAGAUGGAGCCGACCGAGAUUAAUCUUGUGGAUGUUAAACGCAGUGCGGGUAUCCCCGAAGUCGCGAGGCGGCUUGCUAUGCUUGCUGUGGAGGAGGGGCUUACCGACAAGCCUAAGAGAACACUGACGCCCGAAGAGCAUCGAUCUUUGAUGAUGAUAUCAAUGUCAUCAGAGUAUCAAUCAUGGUUAGAUAUGGCCCGUGAAAACGAGUGA